AUGCCCACACAUGGGGCAGUGCUACCUGGUGGGGAAGGACUGCACCCACCCGUUGGCAACAUGGUCCAUUGCUGCUCUGCACAAUACUAGGACUGCCAGCAUUGUCCAGCCCCAGUGCCUGCCCAGACAGGAGCUGCAGAUGGGCUGGCUGCAGUGGUGAGCUGGACAGAUGCUGCUCAUGCCAUGUCCUAGGGCCAAAGGCAAUCAUUGGUACUGGAGCCACAGCAGGAGGAGCCCAGAGCAUGCCAGGACACACAGCAGGAAGAUCUGGACCCAGCUGAGGUGCUAGCCACGAUACAGGCAUUGCAGCUGGACCUGGACUUCUGCAGGGGCACAAACCACAAACAGCUGGUCCAGCUGCAGGAGCAGGAGUGUGCAGUGGAGCAGGAGCACCAGGACUUGCUCAUUCUGAUGCAGCAGCUCCAGGCACUGAUGGGCAAGGUACCAGUGCUGGGCACAGCGGCCACAGACCAAGCUGCAUGUGUCCCCCACUGCCACUCCACCACAGGCUAGGCACCAUGCCUGCCCCACAGCCUGUGCAAACACCUGGCAACCCCCCAGGGGAGGGCAGAGAACAUCCUGCAAGCCACAGGUGGCUCUAGCACCACCUGUACAGAGCAGCCUAGCCACAAGGCAAGCCUGGCUGCCACAGCCCAGUCCACCCAGCUGAGCAGAGAAGAAUGCAGACCCUAACAGCUCCACUGACACCCUGGGCACUGUCCCAGGGCUGGUGGCACUGCUGCAGCCCACAACCUUGCCAAUGAGCUGGGAUCACCAUUCUCCCUGUGCCCGCGCUCUGCCACUGGUUGGGGACCACAGAGAUGGCUUUCCAGGGCUGCUGGGUGUCCAACAGGUACUGCCACAACAGGGAGGACACUGUGGGGACUGCACAGAGAUCAGAGGGCCAGAAGUCAGCAGCCUUCCUGCCUCCCACCUGGUGCAGGCCACAUUCCUCUGUCACAGGCCCUGCCCAACAGUCCAUUGUCCAUGGGUUGUCCCAAAAAGGUUCCCUCUGCAGCCUCAGCUCUACACAACAGGGGCACAGGGUGAUCCCACAUCCUGCUGGGUACUCACAGGUCAGUGAUGCACCCCUCCAUCUGAAGGACCAGGCAGUGCAGACAGAGGUCAUCUCCUACUUGGCUGUGCACAGUGAUUUUGACACCAGCCACGAUAUCCCACAGGAGAGCAGAGAGCUGCUCAAGCAGCUGGGGGCACAGGAGCAGAGUCAAGGCCUGAAGCACAGCUCAGCCCAGCUGCAGGAGCAAGAGAGUCUGCAGCAGCUCAGCAGAACCAAUGAGGCCAUCCAAGGCCUACACAGAAAAGUGGCAGAGCUGCAGCAACAGCUUUGCUGGCAGGUGCAGGACAUGGAGAACCUCCAGGCAGAGCUGGCCCAAGCUCGGCAAGAGAGCACCAAGCAGGCAGAAAAGAUUGCAGCCUACAACACACACAGGCAACAGCUUCAUCGGGAGAUGAGGAGGAUGCAGACCUUCAGGGAGCAAAGCAAACAGGAGGUAAGGAUGUCUCAAGUCUUCCUGUGAAAGACCAGGAGUCUGUGCUCAGCCUGUGUCUCUCACUGUGCCAUGGGCAGACCUACUCCCUCCAGGAGAAGCUGCAGGAACUGAGCAGCCUAGUCCAACACUGGCAGCAGCUACACCUGGACAGUGAGCGAACUCUGGCUCUGAGAGAAGAGGAGCUGGUUGUCUGCAAGGUGGAGCUGGCUUUCCUUAAGGAAGAGCUCAGCAAGGUGACAGAGCAGGUGCAGGAUACAAACAGGCAUUCAAGACACACUAGGCAGGAUGUAGGAGAACCUGUACCUAAUGUUCAGAACACCUGAGCAGCCCAAGUGUGAGCAGCUGAAAAAGUGAGCAGAAUUCCUGGCACAGCCUGGCCUGCAACAGGGCUGGGCUGAUGGUCCCAGCUCUGCAGGGACAGCUGGGCACCAGCUGCCUGUCCAGGGCAUGGGCUAUGGGAGAACUGCCUUUGCAGGGGUAUGGGCCAGGCUCAAAACAGGGACAGGCUGUACUUGCCCUCCAGGUCACUUUAAUUUUGUGCCCUGUUCCA